AUGAAGAGGGCGAGGCGCAGAGGGGAGGGGCCCCUUUCUGAGGGCCCCUUCUUAAGUACUCGCGAGUUUGACGCAGAGCUUCUGUACAGAGAUGACAAUGACAAAAAAGCGUUGGAGAGCAUGAACGAGUUCCAAAGAGAGGCGGAGUUAGCGCGGCGCUAUGAAGAAGUCGCGAGGGAACGACAACGGGCAGAGCUGCUUCGGAGCUCCAAGGAUAGAAAGGAUGGUCGUCUAGAGGCCCUCUCGGAUAUCCGUGCACGUCGAGCCAGGAUGAAACAACUGCAGAGCAAAGCAUCCGACACGAGCUCGAAUGCGUCGGAGGAGGGAGAAAUCCAAUCUCGUGAAGGGAGCGAAAUGGAAUUUAGCUCCGAGGCGGAGGGACCCCCCUCAGACGCGGAGGCUCCCCAAACCCCUAAGAAGCCGCCCGAAGAAAUUCCAGAACCCAAAAGCGUCAGCAAGAAGCGACCUGCCGCGCGUCCCGAUGAGGGCGAUGCGAGCCUCUUUGCGGAGGAUCGUCUAGAUUUCGAGGAGCGAACCCGGAAGAGCUUAUCCUUAAGGAUGUUGGGGCGUCUUUCUCUUGCUCUUUUGAAUCGCGUGCGUGUUUCCGUAUCGCGGUUGAAUCAUAUCCUCGAGCAUCCCCAGGCAGAGUCCUAUCUGAAGGGAUGCGUUGUGAAAGUGUCUCCGCCUGGCGGGGUUCCUGCUCUACGAGGGGCCCCCCCUCCCGACGCCAUUGUCUGCCAGAUCGUCGGCAUAAGGACUUGCAGCGAGUACAGUGUGAAGGUCGACGGCAGCAUUCGCAGGUGCAUCUACUCACUAGUGCUCAGACCGACGCCAAAGGCCAGUGCCAAGUAUGAUAGAGAGUUUACUCUGGCCGAGCUUAUUGAUGCCCCCGCAACCCAAAAGGAGUUCGACAACUGGCUGAAGAAGCUGCAGCAAUUUGAUACGGUCGAUGAUUUGGCAAAGAAGAUGAAAAACAAAGCCAUGCAGCUCGAAAAGUUUACUUUUACCGACGCCGACGUGCAGCAGAUUCUUCAGAGCAAAGAAAAGGCGAGUGCCUCACCAUUGCAGACCAGAGGGGCUUUGAUAAAGCAGGCGACUGCCCUUCGGCAUCAAGUUAACUCUGUUAUGGCCUCGCUUUCUUCUACUUCAACGGCCUCCUCUGAUCGGAAGGAGCUGCGCGAAUGCCUUGCAGUGCUACUGCAGCGGAAAGCAGCUGCGGAGGCACAGCUGGCCAAAUGCCGAUUCCAGCCACUAGCCGACACGAUCAACACGCAGAGACGUCUAGCACAAACAAUAGGGGAUACACCGAGAAGGGGAGGACUACUAACGGCUCACAGGAGGCACGAUGACUCAACGCCGCCGUCCCACAGCGGAGCUGCUUGUGAGACUAUGAAUCAGCUUUACAAAACUUUAAACACGCCACCGCCUCCUGGAGCGUACUACGCUCCCCUCAUGCUUUCAACUCCCGCAAAGAUCGAAUUGCCGGCGCAGUGUCUUUCAAUUUCUCUUGAAGAAUACAAGAGACAAGUGGCGCAGCUAGCCAGCAUGCAGCUUGGCGGUUAA